AUGAGAAUACUUUUAACUACCAAAUUGAUCGGUUGUGUUUUCGUUAUACUGCAGUUGUCGGUUUUUUCAGGAAUAUUCUUUGAUUAUUUUAAUGAGAGUUCAAUUCAUGGAUUUAAAUAUGUUGGUGAACAAAAACGUUCAGCUUUGGAAAGAAACCAUAAUCCAGUCCUGGUUACCUUAGAUGGAAGAUUGACGCCAGUUUGGGAAAUUCCAUUUCCCAUGGUUACAAUUUGUCCGCAAAUCAAAAUUCACAACAAAAUUUUUAAUCUCACAAAAGAGCCAACAAAUUUAACGGAAGCUGAGUAUCAGCAAUACUUUAGAGAGUUUGGAUCGCAAACAGGAUGUAUUAUUCCUGGAUUAGAUUCUGGCACAACGUAUUCCAACGAAUUUAUUCCCAAUGCAUCAAAAUACAUCAAAUUUAUGUCGAAUGUAGCUCCCACAUUCGAUGAAAUAAUGUCUGGAUGCUUUUGGAAAGAUAAAGUUAAUUGCGAGGAUUUGUUUGAUCCUGUUUUAACAGAAGAUGGAAUUUGUUUCUCAUUCAAUUUAAUUAAAUCUGAAAAUUAUCAGAGUGAAUUAAACAACUUUGACAAUAAUGAUCGAAAAAUAGACUGGGAUCUUGAACAUGGUUACAAUGAAGAAGCUCUAUAUUCUUUGGAAGCAUUCCCUUUUCAUGCAGUUGGAGCAGGAAUUACGGAAAGCUUUGUCCUAAUUCCAACGGAUGAAAUAGAAGACGAAGAUAAUAAAUGUAGAACUUAUUUGCAGGAUUUCAAAUUAAUUGUUCAAACUCCUGGAGAAGUACCACAAGUAAAAAAGAAUUUUAUUAACAUUCCAUUUGAUCACGAUGUUUUGUUAACAAUCAAGCCUCAAAUUAUGACAACUUCUGAAGGAUUGCGACAUUAUACACCAGAAAGGCGUCAAUGCUACUAUCAAAAUGAACGGUAUUUAAGGUAUUUUACAAAGUAUACUCAAGCCAACUGUGAAUUGGAAUGUCUGGCAAAUCAAACCCUUGCCAAAUGUGGAUGUGUCAAAUUUUCAAUGCCAAGAUCUUUAUCUCAUCCAAUUUGUGGAUCGAAAAAAGUGUUUUGUGCUGAUCAAAUCGCAAAUAAUUUUAGUAGUUGGAAAUUUAUGGCUAAAACAAAGCCUUUUGGUGAAAGUGCAUGUACUGGUAAUUGUUUGCCAACUUGUUUUGACAUCAAAUACAAAGCAGAGAUUGAACAACAAAUUCCUGGUGACGGUAUCACAAAAUUGUUUCGACUAACAUUGUUGCAAAUUAAAUUCGAAGAAGAUGUCUUUAAUGGUUUAUUACGUUCGGAAUUGUAUAGUACAACGGAGUUUAUUGCAAAUUGUGGAGGAUUACUGGGACUGUUUAUGGGUGUUUCGAUCUUGAGUUUGGUGGAACUUGUUUACUUUUUUACUGUUAGACUGUUGAUGAAUUUGAAAGAAAGAAGACAGAUACAAGAUGUUGAGCAAUGUUGGGAAAAGAAGUGA